AUGUUACUAUUUAUUCCAUUGCUUUGGAUUUUGAUUCAGCAUGCUUCCAAUAGCAUGUCACUGAAUUGCGAAUAUUCAUCACAAGAGUAUCAAGUCGUUCUUCGACCAGAUAUUUUGAUGAAUUCUUUUGAAAAUGGUGUCAUGCAAGUGGUUAAUGAAUUGGCGAAAAUUGAAAAAAACAAUAUUAUGAACUUUAAAGUAUCAAAAUCAUCAUUGGCAUUCAAAAAUGUUUCUCUUGCUCGAUAUACGAUUGAUGACAGUCGAGAUUUAAGUGAUUUUUAUUUGAAACCAGUAUUUAAAUCACGACGAAACAAACCAACUAAGCCAGCUGAUAUUGUAAUGAAAUUUUCUGCUGAAGACCCAGAACGUAUAUGCAUACAACUAACGGCUUCAACAGCCUUCGCUGAUAGUACAACAACUAAAUUCGAACUCGAUAUACACAGUGAAAAUGGUCAGCUUACAUCUAAAAAUGGUAUAAGUUUUAAAGCAGAUAUGCCACUAGAAUUUGAUCAAACAACCGCAGUAAAUGUGUCAGCAAUUUUUGUUGAUGCUGGUAAACUGACUCGCUCUGGUAAACCAAUCAUUAUCGUAACUGUUCCGGAGGACAAAACUAUUAUGCAAACAGCUGAAUUUAAUGUUAAUUUAGCAGGUCAUAAAACAGGAGCAGAAAUUAUCUACUUUGAAAGAGGAACAAAGGUGAAAUUUGAGUUUUCCUUUAAAAUCAAAGAUGUGACAGAAGAUCCUGAAGUUUUUCGUGUUGCACAACAAUUAACUUCUUACAUUUCACAACUAUCCCACAUCGCUUCGAAUGCAGCAAUAGAUCAAGACAAAUGA